AUGCCGUUGACUCGAUUACUCUGGAAAGCAGUCAAUUUCAAUUGGGGCCCCGGACAAGAAUGUAGUCUUGAGGAACUGAAGCAUCAAUUGGUUACAGCAUCUAUUCUUGUAUUGUCGUCUGACACUGGUAGGUUUCAAGUCUAUGAUGCUUCAAAGAAAGGUCUCGAUUGCGUUCUUAUGCAAAACGUAAAAGUGAUCGCAUAUGCUUCUCGUCAAUUAAAGCCUUAUGAGGUCAAUUAUCCGACUCACGACCUCGAAUUGGCUACGGUCAUCUUCGCACUCAAGAUUUGGCGUCAUUAUUUGUAUGAGUUGUCUUUGGAGAUCAAAUGGUUCAGACUAGAAAUCUAUCAGAGUUCGCAAACAAAAAUUCUAUCUAAUCUAAUGGUAGAACCAACUCUGAUCUCUCGUAUCAAAGAAGCACAACAAGAUGAUAAUGAAUUAUGGGCAAAGUUCCAGAAAGCACAAGAGAAUUCUAGUUCAGAGUUCAGAAUCAUUGAUAAUCACGUGUUGUGGUUUUGGGGUCGUCUUUAUGUUCCAGAUAAUUCGGAGCUUAGAGAUCUAAUUCUGAUCGAAGCUCAUAACUCUAUGUUUUCAGUUCAUCCUAGCACAACAAAAAUGUAUCUUGAUUUGAGGAACUAUUUAUGGUGUAUUGGAAUGAAGGAUGAUAUUGCCGACUUUGUAGCUCAUUGUCUCACAUGUCAACAAGUUAAAAUUGAACAUCAACAUCUGGGUGGUGUUCUCCAAUCGCUGAACAUUCAGGUUUGGAAAUAA